AUGGCCGUCCUAUCUAAGUUCGCCCCAGCGCGAACCCGCCUCUCCAGCACCUCCAUCAAAGCCCUAAUCAACGACCUCACAAAACUCUACCUCGAGCACCGCACCCGCAUCUCGCGCGCAGUCUACCUCACGCUCUUUAUCGCCCUCAUAAACCGCAUCCGCAAUGCCAUCGCCGAGCAGAAAGCCGCCCAGCAGUCCGCCGCGCGGCGCAAGACUGGCACCGGCGCGGGCGAGGGGGAGGCCACGGGCAGGAAAAAGGUCGAGCUGAAUCGCGAGUUUUUCAAGAACUUGCUAAGGUUGCUGCGGAUUUGUAUUCCGGGGUGGCGGAGUAAGGAGUUUCGGCUGUUGAUUAGCCAUAGUGUGUUUUUGGUGCUGAGGACUAUGAUUAGUUUGUAUGUUGCCGAGUUAGAUGGGCGGUUGGUGAGUAAUUUGGUGAGGGGGAGGGGGAGGGAUUUCUUGACGGGGUUGGUGUGGUGGAUGACGGUGGCGGUGCCGGCGACGUUUACGAAUUCUAUGCUUUCCUACCACCAGUGCAAGCUCUCGCUGCAGUAUCGGACGAGACUCACGCAUUACAUACACAACAAGUACCUCUCGCAUAUGACCUUCUACACCCUCUCCGCGCUCGACGACCGGAUCAAGAACGCGGAUCAGCUCAUUACCGUCGAUGUGGCUAAGUUCUCGAACAGCCUGGCGGAGCUGUACUCGAAUAUCGCGAAACCGGUGCUCGACAUGAUAAUAUACAACUACUCGCUCUCGAGAAGCGUUGGUGGGGAAGGGCUCUUCUUCAUGAGCUUGCUCGUUCAGCUCUCGGCGAACAUCAUGCGCGCGUUGACACCACCGUUCGGCAAAUACGUGGCGGAUGAGGCGCGGUUAGAGGGCGAGUUUAGGUUUCAACACUCCCGGCUGAUCGAUUAUAGCGAGGAGGUGGCGCUGUAUCAUGGGCAUGAGGCGGAGAAGGACACGCUGGAUAAGGGAUACUUCACGUUGAUCAAGCAUGUGAACAGGAUAUUGAGGAGGAGGUUCUACCACGGUGUUAUGGAAGACUUUGUGAUUAAGUACUUCUGGGGUGCGCUGGGGUUGCUGCUGUGUAGCGUGCCCGUGUUCUUCAAGGUGCCCGGAGCGGGGACGAAGAGCAUGGGAGACAGGACAGAAAGCUUCGUCACGAACCGCCGCAUGCUCCUCAUGUCCUCCGACGCCUUCGGCCGCGUCAUGUUCUCCUACAAAGAAAUCACCGAGCUCGCAGGCUACACCUCGCGCGUAUCCACCCUCCUCGACGUAAUCGACGACAUCCAAGCCGGCCGCUUCGAAAAGAAACUCGUCUCCUCCGCCGACACAGAAGAAAACGUCGCCGUGCUGCGGGGCCGGGGCACGGUCACCGAAGGCGAGGACAUCAUGUUCAAAGACGUGCCCAUCGUGUCUCCCAACGGCGACGUGCUCGUGCGUGCGUUAAGCUUCUCCGUCAAACCCGGCGAUCAUCUCCUCAUCGUGGGCCCCAACGGCUGCGGGAAGUCGAGUCUGUUCCGCAUCCUGGGUGGGCUGUGGCCUGUGUAUGGCGGCACAGUCCGCAAACCCCCAUUCGAAGACAUCUUCUACAUCCCGCAACGCCCGUAUCUCUCCCGCGGCACCCUCCGCCAGCAAAUCAUCUACCCGGACAGCCUGCGCGACAUGCGCGACAAAGGCAUCACCGACGCGGACCUGUACUCCAUCCUCUCCGUCGUCGAAAUCGAAUCCAUCGUCGAUCGGCCAGGGGGCUGGGACGCCGAGCAAGAAUGGACGGACGUGCUCUCCGGAGGUCUCCAACAGCGCGUCGCUAUGGCACGGCUCUUCUACCAUGCGCCGAAAUAUGCGAUUCUGGAUGAGUGCACGAGUAGCGUUACGCUGGAGAUCGAAAGGGUGAUGUAUGAUGAGGCGAAGAGGUUGGGGAUUACGCUUAUGACGGUUAGUCAUCGGCGGAGUCUGUGGAAGUAUCAUGAGAAGAUACUGCAGUUUGAUGGACAGGGGCAUUAUGUGUUUACGAAACUGGAUGCGGAGAGGCGGUUGGAGCUUGAGGACGAGAAGGAAGAGAUCGAGCUGCAGUUGCGUGCGGUGCCGGAUAUUGAGGAGCGGAUUAGGGAGCUGUCGUCUGAGUAGAGUAGAGAUGGAAGUGCUCUUCUGGCGUCCCGCGAGCGAGGAGCGGGGGGAGCGUGGAACUGGCUCGGUAUGUGGUGGAGUCUGUCCGGUGAGAUGUAUGUGUAUUAGUACCUGUUUUGUGCAAGAGCUCUGUGCAUCAAUGGGAGGUUGGGAUGGAACUUCACCCCUGGAACGCGACUGCAGCGGAAGUUCUGUCGGAACGGAAUAGAAAAGUAG